AUGUCCUACGCCCCAAAUUACGCGUGGACCGGCGCGCCAACAGAGUACAAUGGCACAGGUUACGAUGGUGGUGAUUCUGCCACCGAGAAUUUGAACCAGUGGUUUUCCACCGGUGAUGUUUCCUAUAUUCUGAUUUCGGCAUGUAUGGUCUUGAUCAUGGUCCCGGGCCUAGGGUUCCUCUACUCGGGGCUCGCGCGACGCAAGUCUGCCCUCUCGAUGAUUUGGGCAGUCAUGGCAUCCUCUUCGAUUAUUACAUUUCAAUGGUAUUUCUGGGGUUAUUCCUUGGCUUUCAGCUCGUCAGCAACCAAUGGUUUUAUCGGGAAUUUGGGACAUUUUGGAUUGAUGCAUACGCUUGGAACGCCAUCACCUGGAUCGCCACUUAUUCCUGAACUUUUAUAUUCUUUCUACCAGAUGCAAUUCUGCGCCGUCACGGCAGCAAUUGUCAUGGGGGCCGUCGCUGAGCGAGGUCGUCUUAUUCCAGCCUUGGUAUUCAUCUUCUGCUGGGCCACUUUGGUCUACUGCCCAGUCGCAUGCUGGGUAUGGAACGUCAAUGGAUGGGCAUUCAACUAUGGUGUUUUGGAUUAUGCUGGAGGCGGGCCUGUCGAAAUCGUUUCCGGUGCCAGUGCCCUCGCAUACUCUAUGGUUCUCGGAAGACGCCAAGAGAAGAUGAUGUUGAACUUCAGACCUCACAACGUUUCUUUGAUCACCCUCGGUACGAUUCUUCUGUGGUUUGGAUGGUUGGGAUUCAACGGUGGAUCUGCUUUCGGAGCUAACCUUCGUGCUGUCAUGGCAUGCUGGAACUCGUGCUUGACUGCCAUGUUCGGUGCCAUCACUUGGUGUCUUCUCGAUUACCGCCUCGCGAGGAAAUGGUCCAUGGUCGGCUGGUGUUCUGGUACCAUCUCCGGUCUCGUAGCAGCCACUCCAGCAUCUGGAUUUAUCACCCCAUGGGCAUCUGUUAUUCUCGGUAUCGCAGCUGGUAUUAUUUGCAAUUUUUCCACCAAGAUCAAAUUCUGGAUCAAGAUCGAUGAUUCCAUGGACGUGAUGGCAGAGCACGGAAUCGCCGGCAUCGUCGGCCUCGUCUUCAACGGUCUCUUCGCCGCCGACUACAUCAUCGGUCUCGACGGCGUCAACAACGGCAUCACAGGCGGCUGGCUCAACCACAACUACAAACAGCUCUACAUCCAAAUCGCCUACAUCGUCGCCUGCACCGCCUACUCGUUCGUUAUCUCCGCCGGCAUCGCCUACGCCAUCAACGCCAUCCCCGGUCUCAAGCUCCGCGCCUCCGAGGAAGCAGAGCUCCUCGGCAUGGACGACGACCAGCUCGGCGAGUUCGCCUACGACUACGUCGAGGUCCGUCGCGAUUACCUCGCCUGGACCCCGGCUACCGACGCCCCUGAGAAAUCGAAUAGCAAUGUCAACCCUGGCGACCGUCACGGCAUCCCGCAGCAUAGCGAGAUGAUCAAUGGUCAUUCCCCCGAGAGCGAACUUGAUUCUGGGAACGCGCAUACGGGGAUUGGUGGCGAUCGUCAUGGCGUCGCGGCUGAGAGCGAGAUUAAGGAGAAGAAGGGUGUUAAUGGUGUUUAA